UUGAUCCAGGAAAGCAGAUUUCUUGUCAGAAUACUCAAAUUUUUUUUUUUUUUUUUUUUUUUUGAGAUGGAGUCUCACUCUGUUGCCCUGGUCUGAACAUUUCUAAAGGAUGCUUGGGGGUUAAAAGGACCGAGGCCUCUGCAGAAAUGACAGCCUUCAUCCACAGGUGGCCCAGUCCGGAUUGGGAGCCGCAGCUGGAUGGGUCAGGGCCUGUGCUUAGGAGGAGGUCCCCAGGUGAGACCCCUAGUCGGGGGUCCCCAGGUGAGAUGCAGACUCCGCCCCGCCCACCUGUACAAGACCUUCCCCGGAGCAGCUCGGCUGCAAAGCAACGCCUACGGCGGGAAGCUAAAGAAGAUUCCGGCUCCCUCACUACUCGGCUGCUGCGACUGGAACCGCCCAGGUCGGCCGAGUGCCUCCCCAAACCCCGCUCCUAAGCCCGAUGCCCCGCCCCCAAGCCGAACGUCCACCUUCAGCCCGCCCUUGAAACCGCCUCCAUGCAUCAGGCCUCGCCUUUCAGCCCAGCCCGGCCCUCCGAGUCCUCGCCCCCGCACCUAUGGCCCACCUCCAUGCCCCGCCCAUUAUCCCGCCUCCAUGCGUCAGGCUCCGCCUUCCAACGUUGUCCGGCCCGCCAAGGCCCCGCCCCCGUACCCAUGACCCACCUCCAGGCCCCGCCCUCGAUCCUGCCUCCAAGCGGCAGGCACCAUCUUCCAGUUCCGCCCCGCCCGCGGA